AUGGAUAACACCUCAGGAGAAAUCAUUUUCACUCUCAGUGGUCUGAACACAACCAGAACAAACAAGCAGAUUUAUUUUGCUUUUGUCCUUCUAACUUACCUUUUCACUCUUUUUGUAAACUUAACUCUGAUUGUCACCAUUUUACUGGAAAAAGUUCUUCAUGAGCCCAUGUACAUCUUCCUGUGCAAUCUCUGUGUCAAUGGAAUUUGUGGCGCUACUGGAUUCUAUCCAAAAUUUCUUGAAGACCUUUUAUCAGACUCUCAAAUGAUCUCAUACAGUAUGUGUAAAAUGCAAAUGAUUAUAGUGUACAAUUAUGUUUUCUGUGAAUUAAUUAAUUUAGCAGUGAUGGCUUAUGACAGAUAUGUUGCAAUAUGUAGGCCACUGGAAUAUCACUCCAUUAUGACGCUUUGGAAAGUGCGAAAAUUGCUGUUGAUUACUUGGCUUAUUCCGUUCUGUGAAAUUUUUAUUGGGUUUAUUUUGACCACCCGAUUGCCUCUCUGUGGCUCAAAGAUCGAUAAGCUUUACUGCACCAACUGGGAAGUAGUUAAGCUCUCCUGUAUAGAUACCACAUUGAACAAUUUAUUUGGAUAUAUUCUCUUGUUUUUACACGUUUUUCAGAGUUUUUUGCUGAUAAUAAUCUCGUAUGUUCGUAUCAUCAGAUCAUGUCUGCAGUCACAAGCACGGCAGAGUAAGUUCAUGGAGACUUGCCUUCCCCAUAUGAUUGCAUUGUUCAACUUCAUCCUCUCUUCUUUUUUUGACUCCAUGUAUGCACGUUAUGGGCCUAGCAAAAGCCUACAGGAUCUGCGUAACAUCCUUUCUGUAGAGUUUCUUAUUGUCCCCCCUCUACUAAACCCCCUCAUUUAUGGUCUGAAACUGAAACAGAUACGAAGUAAUGUGUGGAGGAUGUUCAGCAGAAAAAUUAGUUCUUUCAAAUGA